AUGUUCCUCGCGUCCAACCGUUCCACCACAGACAACUGCGUGAACCUCAGCGCUCCCGGAGGUCACAGCGAGAGCACCUCGGGGACGCUCCAGAGCACCACCGUCAAAGUGUGUGUGGUCUGCAUCCUCCUCCCCAUUCCGGUGUUGGCCAUACUGGGCAACAUCCUCAUCUGGGCCUCCGUUGUACGUUUCCGCAGCCUGCAGACGCCCACCAACUCCUUCAUCGUGUCCUUAGCAACCGCUGAUUUCCUGGUCGCCGUGCUGGUCAUGCCGUUCAGCCUGGUGGGUUCCGUGGGCACCUGGUGCUUCGGACAGAAUUUCUGCGUGGCCCACUUCCUGUUGGACUUGACACUGUGCACCACGUCCAUUUUCAACCUCAGCUGUGUGGCGCUGGAUCGGUACGUGGCGGUGUGUGACCCGCUGCACUACCCCGCCAGAAUGUCAACCAGGCGGGUCACCCUGCUCCUCUUCCUCUCCUGGCUGAUCCCCCUUCUUGUCUCCUCACUCUGUGUCUCCCUGGGCACGUACUCCCUCAAUGCUCCUUCAGGGCAUCGGGGAGCCCGGCAGGAGAGCCAGACCUGCGUGGCCCAGUUCCAUACCCCGUACGCCGUGGCGGUCUCCACGGUGUGUUUCUUUAUCCCUGUCCUGUUCAUGCUGUUUGCUUAUGGGAAGAUUUUUAUGGCGGCUCAACGGCAGGCGAGGUGGAUUCACGCCAUAGAGAACCAGGUCAGGCAGCUCCACACGGCUCAGAACCCGAGCAGGGAUGACCCAAACCAGCCACACCCAGCCAGGAGGGUCGGGGCAAGGGUGGGGGGCUUCUCCAUUAGGAAGGAGAAGAAGGCUGCUAGGACCCUAGGUUUGAUAAUGGGGGUGUUCCUACUGUGCUGGCUUCCCCACUUCAGUGUCAACAUAGCCUUUUCUCUAUGGGGGACCAGGAUCAGCCCUGUAGUGCUGGAUGCCUUCAUGUGGCUGGGCUAUGCUAACUCAUCUCUCAACCCUUUUAUUUAUGCAUCUUUCAAUAAAGACUUUCGUCAUGCCUUUGCAGCCAUCUUGGGUUUUAGGAUUCUUGGUAGACGGAUCAGGGGCUGUUUGGUGGCUACUCAGGAGGUCAGUAGGCGGGUACAGACUGGAGUUACCAUGGAAACUAUCUCAAAAUGA